AUGAACAGUGCACUUAACGUGGCGGUCAGUGAUGACCCAUUGAGUCACAGUGCUUCUCCCGCCGGCAGCCACUCAAUUGGCUCCCAUAGCGGAAGCGUUGACCUUGACCUCUCGCCACUUCCAGCUACAUACACUCAACCAAGUUCUCGAAACACGCCUACAAACUCUCCAUUGACAGCCGGGCAACCUCCAUCGAAAGGAAAAACUGUAGGACUCAACGAGGCGGAAAAGGCAACGCGUAAUGCAGCAAAGGAGUUGAGAGAAAGGAGAGAGGAGAAGUUCGCGUUGGAAUUGAAGGCUGCGGUCGGGAGGUUUGAAACGGACUUGCAAGCGAUUGCGGAGAAGUACGGAAAGUCUGAGGACAGAGUCCGUCAGCUACUUAACCUCUCCUCCCACUAUGGACGACGCAGAACUCCGAGACUUGACAACGCCAUUUUACACCACAUGAAGAGCAAGUACAAUGACAAGCGACCGAAGGGCACAAAGUACUCACCUGAAGAGCUUCGAGAGAUGGCGAAAACUGAGCUGUACCUUCAAGACGUCGAAAGCAAUGAAGACAAGCAGAGGGAGCUUUUAGAUGAAAUCAUCGACCAACGGCAGUCAAAGGCAGCGGGUGCACAUAUUACGGAGCGAUCGCAAGCAGCAAUGAUUAGUGAAGCUCAGAAGCAAACUUCAGACAUCAUGAGACGUUUGUUUUAUAGGACGGAUGCGCCAUCCUUCGGUCUCGUAUCAAAGCCAAACAUAAUGGAGUACGGCGUUCCAGGAUUCUACGCAUAUGGCGACGCUGCCGAUUUUAUCCAAGAAACAUUUGGCAUGAACAUGUGGAAGCUCACCAGGAAGUUCGAACUUUGGGCAACAAAUAAUAGCGGCAAGCUUUCAUCUCCUCAUCGUUGCACUGCUUCUAACUGCGUCUUGCUCAUCACAUCUGGGUUGAAAAACCUUCGAGGCAACAAUACGCAGAUGAAUUGGGUCAAUUACGAUGCGGCGAUUGUCGUGAAGCUUCGCUGCCGUAUGGUGGGAUGGCCUGAAGGUGUUGACUUCAGCAGCCCAUCAGCAAUGACCAACUGUGAACACCUUAUGCAACUUCUGGAUGCCCUGAAGAGCGGAGUAUGCUAUUGGCAUUGUAUGAGUACGAAGCAGGUCCACGCGCAUAAGGAUUGGCUGGAGAAGGAGCAGAAGGCUGGACGAAAGGAGCCCAAAAAGAGGGCACCAAGGGCUGACAAGGGUAAAACCCGAGGACAAUACAAGCCUCGUAAAGCUGCCAGCUCGGACACCCCCGUCGACAAUCUCGCUGAAACCUCACCUUCGUCGACUUCCAAUGCCACUGGCAUGGACGCCCCCGUCGACAGCUACCCUGAACCCUCGCCUUCGUCAACUUCCAAUACCGCUAGCUCGGACGCCCCCAUCAGCAAUCUCACCGAAGCCUCACCUUUGCCAACCUCGAAUGUCUCUAGCAUACACUGUAUUGACAGCAGCCCAUCUCCUGAUGUCGCCACCACUCCAGCAGCCACAGCAACGCCUACAGACGCCCAUACUUGCCAUACUCCCAACAGCCCUGCUAACGCAAUCGUCGAUUCAAAAACCCCCUCGACGCCUUCAAAUGUCUUGUCGCCCUCCACAGAUGUCACGGCUAUGAAACAGAAGCGAAAAGAGGAGUAUGAGCCAGGCAGAAAGAAGAGGCAGAAGAAAAACAGCACCAGCGAGCCUGAAUCUUCCCAACCUCGACGCCGUGGACGCCCUCGAAAAAACACUCACCGUGCCAAUGCUGAAACACCCCCAUCAUCUGAACCAAUUGCACCCUUUGUCCCAGCACCUGCUCUGCCACGUAUGACCAUGGCUCCUAUCGAAACAUCCCAUUUCGCCUUUGCAAUGCCCUUCCCAAAACCCCCUCACAAUCUCGAAAAUCCUUCUCUGCUACUGGUCAACGACGGCAGCUCCAUAAAGGCAACAGAGGCUGUGGGUAACAUUCUGCAACUGAGCCACCGAGUCCCAGAAGCAAAGGAACCAUUCGCUGAUGUCUCGCUGGGCUUGGCUGCGAACCACGAUCCUACUGACAAUGUCGCAAGCAUGGACAGGGCCAGCUUCAGCAACAACGGCCAGAAUUCCAUGUUCACAGAGCAGGAGCUGCAGGACUUGAUGGUUUGGAGCAUGGGCGAAGGGGAGGUCUACUCAACCAACGCCAACUACACUGAAAGCUCCCUAACCGCCAUGCUCUACUAG